AUGGUAGUGAGACAAUACCAACAAGAACUUGAGUAUUUGGAAAAAAUCUCUCCAUAUUCCUGGAAAAUAAAAAAAGGUUUUCAACCUAAUAUGAAUGUGGAAGGAAUAUUUUAUGUGAACCAAACUUUAGAAAAGUUGAUGUUGGAUGAGCUUAGAAACGCUUGUCGUCCCGGGAUGGUCGGUGGCUUUCUACCUGGAGUGAAACAAAUAGCCAAUGUAGCUGCUCUGCCAGGAAUUGUGGGUAGGUCAGUUGGCCUUCCAGAUGUUCAUUCUGGAUAUGGUUUUGCCAUUGGUAACAUGGCAGCUUUCGACAUGGAUAACCCUGACUCAAUAGUGUCCCCAGGGGGAGUAGGGUUUGAUAUCAAUUGUGGAGUUAGAUUAUUACGCACAAAUCUCUUUGAACAAGAUGUCAUGCCUGUCAAGGAACAGCUAGCUCAGAGCCUUUUCGAUCAUAUUCCUGUUGGUGUUGGUUCCAAAGGAAUCAUUCCUAUGAACGCUAGGGAUCUAGAAGAGGCAUUAGAAAUGGGUAUGGACUGGUCACUGCGAGAAGGUUAUAUAUGGGCAGAAGAUAAAGAACAUUGUGAAGAAUAUGGUAGAAUGUUGAAUGCUGAUCCAUCUAAAGUCAGCGUGAGAGCUAAAAAAAGAGGAUUGCCUCAGCUGGGAACUUUAGGGGCUGGAAACCACUAUGCUGAAAUUCAAGUAGUUGAUGAAAUAUAUGACAAAUGGGCUGCUUCUAAAAUGGGCAUUGAAGAGAAAGGCCAGGUCUGUGUUAUGAUUCAUUCUGGUAGUAGAGGAUUUGGUCACCAGGUUGCUACCGAUGCACUCGUUCAGAUGGAAAAAGCAAUGAAGAGAGACAAUAUUGAAACGAAUGAUAGGCAGUUGGCUUGUGCGAGAAUAACCAGCCAAGAAGGACAAGAUUAUUUGAAAUCUAUGGCGGCGGCUGCAAAUUUUGCAUGGGUCAAUAGAAGUUCAAUGACAUUCCUUAGCAGACAGGCCUUUGCGAAAAAAUUUGGUUUGGCUCCAGACGAUCUAGACAUGCAUGUGAUUUAUGACGUGUCUCAUAACAUAGCCAAAGUAGAAGAGCAUAUUGUGGAUGGGAAACCUAAAACCCUCUUGGUUCACAGAAAGGGUUCUACAAGAGCAUUUCCUCCACACCAUCCACUUAUACCAGUUGACUAUCAGCUAACGGGACAACCUGUGCUCAUUGGAGGAACUAUGGGUACGUGCAGUUAUGUAUUGACAGGUACAGAACAAGGAAUGUUGGAAACAUUUGGAUCUACUUGUCACGGAGCUGGCCGGGCAUUAUCAAGAGCGAAAUCUAGGAGAAACUUAGACUAUACCAGUGUCCUGAGGAAAAUGGAGUAUAUGGGAAUCUCAAUCCGAGUUGCAUCACCCAAAUUAGUCAUGGAGGAGGCUCCCGAGUCGUAUAAAAAUGUUACUGAUGUAGUAAAUACCUGUCAUGCAGCUGGAAUUUCAAAAAAGUGUAUCAAACUGCGACCAAUUGCUGUGAUCAAGGGCUAACUUUUCGUGUUUUCAAAAUUUUUCAUUUGGCAUUUAUCGAUUUAUUUCAUUAAUGACGAACAUUCUGUACGAAUAAUUCAUCAAAAAUAAUAACUUGGUCGGAAAUGUUAAAGACUCCUUCACACAAAAAACUAUUUGAAAUCCCAACUGAGUGAUGUUUAUACUGUCAGUACAGUUGUAUAAUGACAGUAAACUUCAAUGAUGGCCAGAACCAAUGAAAUUUUCAUCAGCUGGCUUCAACGAGGAAAAAUAAACUUAUUUACUGUUACAUGUAUCAGUACAUUUUUAAAUAAACUAAUGACUAUCAA